AUGCCGAGUUAUGCCAAAUUCAUGAAGGAUAUUAUAUCAAAGAAGAGGAAAUUAGGAGAACAUGAGAUAGUGAAAUUAUCCGAAGAAUGCAGUGCUAUUUUGCAGAGGAAGCUACCACAUAAGCUAAAGGAUCCAGGGAGUUUUACUAUUCCUUGCACUAUUGGAACCACUUACUUUGAAAAAGCUUUAUGUGAUUUAGGGUCCAAUUUUCUAAUUUUAGACAUGGAAGAAGAUGCCGAAACCCCUAUUAUUUUAGGCCGCCUCUUUCUAAAAACCGGGAGGACAUUAAUUGAUGUGGACAAAGGUUUAUUAAUUUUGCGAGUGGAUGAUGAACAGGUGACCUUCAAUGUCUUUGAAGCAACAAAGUACCCAGUGGAAUCAGACUCUUGCUUCCUAGUGGAUAUAGUGAAAAAAGCUGUCUCUGAAAAAUUUAAAGUAGAAUAG